AUGGCACCUAUACGGUACAGUUUACAUUAUGAAGAUUAUUCUGAGCAUUUGAUGUCUAGGUUUGGUAAACUGUUACAAAUGCAGUCAUUGGUGGAUAUGACACUUAUGUGUAGUUCUCAUACCUUACGUGUGCACAAAGCUGUGCUUGCAGCGAGUAGUGCCUAUUUUCAGGAAGUGCUUCAAAAACAAUCGGGCGAACCUUUGAUAAUAUUAAAAAUGCGCUUCAGUGUAUUAAAAUGUUUAGUAGAAUUCAUGUAUUGCGGCAAAACGCAGUGUUUGGAAGAAAACUUGGACGAGCUGGUGUCAGCUGCACAGUUUCUUAAGAUUAAAGGUCUAUCUAAAGUAACGAAGGAAGGUCUUGGCAUUGCUAAUAACAGUGAGAUACCUGUAUUUACACCCCCCGUUGUGAUAAACAGGCCUCCACAAUCACUUAUAGAUCUGCAUUCACAGGAUGUGGAUCCGAAGAGCCAACAAUCAUCGCAGCUAGCACCAGCGACGAGUACAAGUCAACCAGGGGACAACAUAAGUAGAACUAACAAAGAUAUGGUGGUACGCAUUCCGUUUGAUAUUGAGAAUGGCAAUGGCACGAAUCCUGUGGUAGACUACUCAGAUGCACCACGUGUUAUUAAACCGCGUAGAGGAAGGCCUAGUGUCAGACGGGCAGGUCCGUGGGAAGGUGCUGGUUCACUGGGCCGUGCUGCUGAGCGUGCUCUUCUACGUCGAGAACAGGACUCAAGAAAAGCCAUACAUCAAUUAAAACACCUGCAAACGAGACACAUGCAGGAUUACAUGGACAGAGUAACCUUAUCACAAGCUGUAAACAGCAUAUGUGGUCCUGAGUCUUCUAGCAACUACAUGAAUAUCGACAACGAUCUAAUGUACAUGGACCAGACCGUUUCAUCCAAUGUACUCGAUCCUACUAUUGCAUACACUAAGGAACACUCAAUAGGAAACGAAACAAUCACUAGCUAUGCAAAUACGAACCCUACAAGUUCUGCAAAUGAUUCUUCAGCAGGCGGCAUUAGUACUGCUAUGUCCCAAUAUGUCAAUGCCUUAAAAAACGCUGGACUACCCACCGAUUUGCCUAUACUGUUUGAAUCCGGUGAUGGUUCUUACAUAAAUGUUAACGAGCAAGUCCUUCUUGACAUGGUUCAAAGCAGCGAAAUACAAUAUGAGGUUAUAGAACAACCUAAUAUCAUAGAAAAAGUUGCAGAUCCCAGUGAAAUAAAAAGUAUUGAUGACUUGUCAAAAUCUAUAGAACGUGGCGAGAUCUUGUUAGGUGGUAAGGGUUAUGGUGGAAGUAAUGAUUACGAUAAAGACGCAUCACAAUAUAGUCAAACAGAAGAUACCAUUAACAGUCUUAACGCGAUUCUGCCAGAUAAUCUGGAAUCUUUUGCAGAGCAACAAAGCUACACAGUGUUAGACCCACGCCUCCAAGACAACAACAAUUCCAUGGAUAAUGUCAAUCCACACGAUUUCUCCUGUAUUGACGGCGACAUGCAAUUCUUUACCAAAUCCAUGAGUGAUGAUGUAAAAAAGUAUUACGAAGACCAACAACUCAAUGAUGCCAGAGUUAUGGAGCAGCUAUGUCCAGUCAGUAAUAGUUUAGAUAAUAAUUUCAGUAUAUCGUUACUUGACACGAAAACUUCUCAUUUAGGCUCUAAUUUGAGUCAACAAUAUAAUUCAUUAAAUUCUGAAGAUCUCAGAAGAAAUGAAGAUUGUUACGACUUUGGUCUGCAGCUUCCACAAAGUUCAGUUUUUAAAGAAGAUGCUUUAGAUUGUUUAAUGGCUACACCUAAACGCAAUGAUGACGAUCAAAGCAAUUAUGAAGAUAGUAGCCAUCUAGACCAACGAGCUCAAGAAAGGGAUGAAAUUAUAAAAGAUUUGAUGAACAUUGAAAAUAAAAUGAAUAUGGCGCAGAACCAUAAUCCCACAGUUCCCGAAGAAUUGGAUAUAAAUUCAAACACUAGUCCCGACACAGAAAUGUCCACAGUCAAUUCCUUAAACGUUUCUAAUGUUUUCGAAAAUGAUGAUACAGAAAAUAUGAAAGAACUUAACACGGCGAAAAUAAAUAGUACAGAUUUGUCCACUACCAUAACUUCGAAUGGGCUGCAAUGGGAUAAUUUAGAUAUGAACAAAGAUCCUGACGAAAAUGAAGACAAUGUAGUAAAUGUAAUAAGUAAUGAUGCAAAUUGUGAGAAUCAAAUCGACACAAUUACAGAACCUCAAUUUCCAGAUUCUGUCAUAGAUUUAACAAGACCCGUUGAAAGCGUCAAAUCUGUGAAUAACUGGGGAGAUAUCAUGACCGAACCCGAUGAUUCGAAUAAGGAAAACGAGGACACUGCAAAUAGUGACAACGUAAGUUCAGAUUUACAGAAUGAUAUACCAUUCGCUGUUGGAUUGUUACCUCUAAAACAAAUACAGCCAACUGAAGAAGGUAGUUUAUUAAAAAGGGACAAUUUAACAGAUGAUUUGCUAGAUAACGUAGAUGCGAAGUGUUUAAAGCGUAAGGUUAAAUAUAAGAAAUUGUGA